UAAAUCAUCGCCUCCUACUGGAAUAAAUAAAAUAAAAUGUUCGAAUCUUAUUUCUACUAAUCGUUUAUUAAUCAUUCUUUUUGAACUGUUUCCAAUCGUAGUAUUCAUUACUGAUUGUAUUAAAAAGUUCGUCUUUUUGGCAAUAUGAGCAUAACUUUCAUUCUUGGCCCACUACAUAUGUCUGAAAUUGCCGCGCGAUUUAGAGAGAAGUGUUGUACGCAAUAAUGGCGUUGGAGAGCUCGAGCAGAGGCAGCCAUGGCUAUAGACGAGACGACACAGAAGAAGUUGCUCUCAGGUGGGCUGCUCUCGAGAGGCUUCCCACCUAUCAAAGGGCACGAAAAGCUAUUCUACACGGUGUUGCAGGAGAGUUGAAGGAAAUCGAUCUUCAGAAGCUUGAUUUUCAGGAGACCAAAGAGAUUUUGAACAGGCUGGUGAGAAGCGUGGAAAGUAAUGAGGAAUUCCUGCAGAAACUCAAGAACCGAAUCGAUAGAGUUUCGCUUCGUUUGCCCACAAUCGAAGUGCGAUUCCAGAAUCUUAACGUCGAUGCUGAAGCAUACUUGGGAGGAACAGCUUCGCCCACAAUCUUCAGCUACUUUCUAAACCUUGCUCAGAGUGCAGCAAGCUGCAUUCAUCUAUGUUCAAGCCAAAAGCAGCGAUUCCCAAUUCUUCGUGAUGUGAGUGGCAUUAUCAAACCAGGAAGAAUGACUCUACUCCUCGGACCUCCAGGUUCUGGCAAGACAACUUUGCUACAAGCCCUGUCUGGGAAACUUGAAUCAGAGCUAAAGUUUUCUGGGACAGUAACUUAUAAUGGCGAUGAAAUGAAGGAAUUUGUCCCUCAGAGGACCGCUGCUUAUAUCAGCCAGUAUGACAUCCAUGUUCCUUUGAUGACUGUGAGGGAAACCUUAGCAUUCUCCGCAAGAUGUCAAGGAGUUGGCACUGGCUAUGACAUGCUUACUGAGCUUUUGAGGAGGGAAAAACAGCUGAAUAUCAAGCCAGACCCUUAUAUUGAUGCGUUGAUGAAGGCAUCAGUACUGAAGGGACAAAAGGAAGACAUUGUUACAGAGUAUAUACUCAAGAUAUUGGGUCUGGAUGUUUGUGCUGAUACAAUUAUAGGAAAUGAGAUGGUAAGGGGUAUUUCAGGAGGACAAAAGAAGAGAGUGACCACAGGCGAGAUGUUGGUUGGUCCCGUCAAUGCGCUUUUCAUGGACAAUAUAUCUACUGGUCUUGACAGUUCAACUACAUUCCAAAUUGUGAACUCCAUCCGUCAAUCUAUUCACAUUUUCAACAAGACUGCUGUGAUCUCUCUUCUUCAACCUCCACCUGAAACGUUUGAGCUAUUUGAUGAUAUCAUUCUUCUAUCAGAAGGUCGUGUCGUGUACCAAGGUCCACGGGAAUAUGUUCUGGAGUUUUUUGAAUCCAUGGAGUUCAGAUGUCCUGAGAGGAAGGGUGUAGCCGAUUACCUACAGGAAGUUACAUCAAAAAAGGAUCAGAGACAAUAUUGGAGCAAUCAUGAUAUACAACAUCGUUAUAUAUCUGCCGACGAGUUUGCUGAGGCUUUCAAGUCGUUUCGAAUAGGCAGGGCCAUACAGCACGAGCUUGCUAUCCCAUUUCAGAAGUCCAAUAGUCACCCUGCAGCUUUAACAAGAACUAAAUAUGGAGCUACCAAGAAAGAACUAAUGAAGGCGUGUCUGUCUAGGGAAGUUACGUUGAUGAAGAGGAGUGCAUCCUUGCACAUUUUUAAGAUGAUUCAACUUGAAUUUUCUGCUCUAGUUGUUGCAACUGUGUUUGCUCAAGCCAGAAAGCAGCACGAUAGUAUUCAAGAUGGAAUUGUCUACUUGGGAGCUCUCUAUUUUGGACUCAACACAAUAACUUUUACUGGUUUUUAUGAACUUCCAAUGACAAUUGAAAAACUCCCUGUAUUUUACAAGCAAAGAGACCUCCUUUUCUAUCCAUCAUGGGCAUUCUCACUACCAUCAUCCAUCCUUGGAAUUCCCAUGUCUUUUAUUGAAGUAGCUCUUUGGGUUGCCACAACAUAUUAUGUUGUUGGAUUUGAUCCUAGUUUCACAAGGUUGCUUAAACAAUUUUUUGUUUACUCAUUGAGUGGACAAAUGUCAUAUGCACUAUUCAGAUGCAUUGCAGCACUGGCCAGGAAUAAUGUUGUUGCAAAUACAGGAGGAUGCCUUGCUGUAUUAUGGCUUCUAAUAUUUGGCGGAUUCAUUUUAUCUCAUGAUAAUAUGCAGAAGUGGUUGGCUUGGGGUUACUGGACCUCACCACUGAUGUAUGCACAAACUGCACUCUCGACGAAUGAAUUUCUUAGCAAUACUUGGAAUCAUGUUCGUAAUGGAUCAAAAGAGUCGGUGGGGAUUUUGGUCCUGAAAUCACGUGGGCUGUUCAUUGAUCCGAACUGGUAUUGGAUGUGUCUUGUUGCAUUGGUAGGAUUCAUAGUCUUUUUCAACGGAAUUUCUGCAUUGGCUCUAGCAUUUCUUAAUGAAUAUGGGAAAUCUCGGACAGUAUUACCCUACCAAAAGGCUGAGAAGAAGGAACACCAUGUCAUAUUAAGAGAGGAAAAGGCUCACAGAUCAUAUGACACUGAACCAAGCUCAAUCAGGACUAAUACUAAUAACUCAUCUAAAAAUUCCAGGGUCGACAGAUAUAAGAAACAAAAGAUGCUUCUUCCAUUCACGUCGCUCUCCCUGACGUUCGAGAAUGUAAAAUAUUCAGUAGAUAUACCAAAGGAAAUGAAAGUUCAAGGUGCAUCUGGGGGUCGGUUGGAACUUCUGAAGGGAGUCAGUGGGGCUUUCAGGCCUGGAGUUUUAACAGCUUUAAUGGGUGUCAGUGGUGCUGGGAAAACAACACUCUUGGAUGUAUUGGCUGGAAGAAAAAAUAGUGGUUACAUUGAAGGAAGCAUCAAAAUCUCAGGCUUUCCUAAAAAACAGGAAACUUUUGCUCGAGUUUCUGGGUACUGUGAACAAAAUGACAUUCAUUCACCAUAUGUAACCGUAUAUGAGUCCCUCAUAUAUUCAGCAUGGCUUCGGCUGCCUUCAGAAGUUGACUCAGAGACAUUAGAGCUUUUUGUUGAAGAGAUCAUGGAGCUAAUUGAAUUAACACCAUUAAGGGAUUCAUUGGUUGGAUUUCCAAAUGUGAAUGGUUUAUCCAUUGAGCAGCGCAAAAGGUUAACCAUUGCUGUUGAGCUUGUUGCUAACCCUUCAAUAAUAUUCUUAGAUGAGCCAACCUCAGGUUUAGGUGCCCGAGCAGCUGCCAUCGUAAUGAGAACGGUGAGAAAUACAGUUGAUACAGGAAGAACUGUAGUAUGCACAAUUCAUCAGCCAAGUAUUGACAUAUUUGAAUCGUUUGAUGAGCUCUUUUUAUUGGCAAGAGGAGGUGAAGAAAUAUAUGUGGGUCCUUUGGGGCCACAGUCUUGCUUUUUAAUCAAGUAUUUUGAGGAAAUCCUUGGAGUUGAUAGCAUAAGGGAUGGAUACAAUCCAGCAACAUGGGUUUUGGAUAUGACAACAGCAGCACAAGAAGAGGUUCGGGGCAUUAAUUUCGCUGAUAUAUACAAGAAAUCUGAUCUUUAUAGAAGUAAUGAAGCUCUGAUUAGAGAGUUGAGCACACCUCUUCCAGAUUCUCAAGCUCUUCAUUUUCCCUCCAAAUACCCACAUUCCUUCCUGACUCAAUUCAAAGCCUGCCUAUGGAAACAACACAAAUCAUAUUCCAGAAACACAGCAUACAAUGUCGUCCGGCUUCUGUUCAGUGCUUCAAUGGGCAUUAUGUUUGGAACUAUUUUUUGGGGGCUCGGUAGCAAGAGGAGCACGAAGCAAGACAUUUUCAAUAGCAUAGGUGCUAUGUACAUUGCAGUUAACUUCAUGGGAACACAAAGUGCUCUUACAGUGCAACCUGUGAUCAUCACCGAACGAACAGUUUACUACAGGGAACGGGCUGCUGGAAUGUAUUCUGCUUUGCCUCAUGCAUUUGCUCAGGUUGCAAUUGAAAUCCCAUACACUCUGCUUCAGGCAGCCUUUUAUGCGGUUAUAGUCUAUGCAAUGAUGGGAUAUGAAUGGACAGCCACCAAGUUCUUCCUCAACUUCUUCUUCGUGUUCAUCACAAUUCUAUACUUCAUAUACUAUGGUUUGAUGGUGAUAGCAGUGAGUCCUAAUCAAGCAACUGCUGCUGUACUUUCUGGGGUCUUUUACUCAGUUUGGAACCUCUUCACCGGUUUCGUCAUCCCCCGAACAAGAAUUUCUGUGUGGUGGAGAUGGUAUGCUUGGAUUUGCCCAGUUUCUUGGAGUUUGUAUGGAAUGGUCGCUUCCCAAUAUGCAGAUAUACAAACUAAACUUGACACAGGAGAGACAGUGGCUGAGUUUAUGCAGCAAUAUUACGGGUUUAGAUACGACUUUCUGUGGGUGGUUUCAGUCGCUCUUCUUGGCUUCACUUUGCUCUUCGUCUUGGUGUUUGUUUACUCAACCAAGUCCUUGAACUUUCAGAGAAGAUGAAUCAUAACACAUGGUUGCUUUUAGCAACUACUGUUGAUCCUGUGUUUUCAUUACAUGGAAGUGAGAAUAUUUAUAUUUGAACUUGAAAGUACUUAACUUGUCUA